AGGCGAGGCCGGGACAGAGCCGCGCGUGUGGCGGGGCCGUGCCGGCACUCAGCGAGCGGGCGGGUACCGCGCAGCCUCCUCCGUUCUCUCCUCCCGUCCCGGGGUCUCUCUCCCCUCGUUCCCCGCGGAGAGCCGCCCCGGCGAGUUUCAGAGAUCCCAGUGAGAACUAACACUCCCACAGAGUUCAGAAAUGCUACAGAUGUCCUCACCAUGAAAAACUAACGCCAGGGCCACCCUGAGAGCAGCUCACUCUGCUAAGCUGCUUCUCAUGGGAUCAGCUCCGCAGAAGCUCGAUGUGUGAGAUGUAGCACCAGUAACUGCACACAACUCCCAUUGUGCUUUCAAGUGAAGACACUGAAAGGGCUUUACAGGAUACUGUGAGUAAGGACACAGAACCCAAAGAUCCAUUUCCCAUUCCAAGAAAGAUCAUGGCUGAACCAGACUACAUAGAUGAUGACAAUCCUGAGUUAAUUAGACCUCAGAAAUUAAUUAAUCCUGUGAAGUCAUCCCGGAAUCAUCAAGACCUCCAUAGAGAGCUGCUUAUGAAUCAGAAAAGGGGUCUUGCACCUCAGAACAAGCCAGAGUUACAAAAGGUGAUGGAGAAAAGAAAAAGAGAUCAAGUUAUUAAACAGCAAAAAGAAGAGGAGGCACAAAAGAAGAAGUCAGACCUGGAAAUAGAGCUACUGAAGCGACAGCAGAAACUGGAGCAGCUGGAACUGGAGCAACAGAAGAUACAAGAAGAGCAGGAAAAUGCACCUGAAUUUGUCAAAGUCAAGGGUAACUUGAGGAGGACGGUCCAGGAAGCUGCAGAAGCACCAGACUCAUAGAGGCAGUGCCCACUAAGACUUCCAGCUUUCCUGCUGUGGCUGCAGAGAGACUUUUGCAAGUUGUCUCAGAUGUGCCCCAUCAAGAGGGAAGAGAACGGCAUCCACCUGACACUUACUGAAGAUGAGACUUUUAAUUGCUAAGGACGUGUGGAUUAUAAAGACUGUAACAGAUCGACUUGCCAAAUGCAGUUCUGGGAUUGAUGCGUGGCAUCAGGAGUCUGUCAGUUCAGUGUCAUGGACCAGUCUGAAGUGCUUACUCAGAGAUUUUAACCAGGGAUAGUAGGGAAGCUUCUUCAGUGUUGCACUGCUUUUUCUCUCUUGUGAUUCUAGUUUAGCAGAGGUACACAGAUGAUAUUUUGCUUUAAAUCAAAACAAACUCCUCCUGUGAUAUCUUAUGAAACUAUACUGUGCAGAUAAGCUUUCUCCAUCUAGACCUAAAGCCUGUGUAUAUCUCACAAUCAUUUGUGUUCAGUUGGAAUUUUCAUCAAAUCUGGGAUGACAGGAGGUGUGUUGAUCAUCGAUGCCCAUCCCCACAGGGAUAGGCACUUGCAGGCAGAAUGGGAAUGCUUAAAAUUCACCAGCAGUGAACAGGUGAGCAGCCUUAAAGCCCAGUUCUCCCUGUUUAGCAUGCAGAAUCUGGGCUAUGAAAGAGCAGAAAUCUGGUGAUACUCUCACCAGAGAAUCAAGAAGCUGAUUUAUCUCUGUCUUUAAACUUCUCCCUUAAAAUGUUAUGUGAAGGUCUGUACAUUGCUACCUGUGUAUUUACCUCUCUUACCUCUCAAUGCAAAAUGACCUGUCUUCUAAUCUUGGUAUUUUGAAAUCCUACCUACUUUACUGCUGUGGCCUUUCUCCUCCAAGAACAUGCUGGGUCUGAGUGCAGUGUUAGCACAUGACUCAUUUGCUGGAACUGAAAUCAGGAGUGUUUUCUGCCAUCAAUUCCUGCUCAGCUGCUGCAGGAAUUUUCUGUAGCUCCUGCAACAGAGCGGUGUUUAAACCAGACCAAACUGAUGGUUGGAAUCUACCAAAAUGGAGAAUUCUUCCCUGAAGUGAGGCAUAAAAUGACAUUCAUUUUAUCCCGUCCUUCCUCUAGCCUCAACAGAGGGGAAAUGUGUUACCACUGACUCUUCAGGUCCAAUUCUGUCACCUUCUGCCUUUCUGCAAGUUAUUCCGUGACUUGCCAUUAAAUAAAAUACUGUUCAGUUUUAUAAGGAUGGCAGAAUGUGAUCCUUCAUGCUUAUGACUACUAGUUAUCCAGGAGAGCCUGGGAUGAGGAGGGGGUGGAACAGAUUACUGAUGUAGGAUUAUAGAGUUGGAUUCUUACCUGGUGUGAGUAGGUGCAGAUAUUUUGUCUUCGGAAAGUGGGGAGAAAUCCUCAUCUUCCUUGCUUAGCGUAUUCCUAGCUCCCACUAAGGCUGUGCUCAUCCAUGUCAGCUGAGGAUCUAAUCAUAUUCUUUGCCUUAGGAUGCUAAAUGAAAUGAUUUUGACUUUGUAUUUAUAAAGGACAUAACUGUUUGAGAACACUUUUUACUAAUAUCAACGGUGGCGUGUUUGUAUUGUGGGGGAGGGUUUGUUGGUUUGGUUUUUUAGUUUCUUUUGCCUUUCCUGUAAGUAUCAGAUGUUGUAAACACAAUUUCAGCAUAGCACUUGGGACAGCAUGCUCACAAUUAGCAAUGUUUCCUAGAGACAGACUUCAAUUUCUCAAGAUCCAGGCAUUUAUUAUGAGGACAUAAUCAUAUCAAGAGUAAAUUGAAUUGUGAUAAGUGUAUUGCCAUUGAUUUAGAUUUGCAGUGUGACUCAUAUCUCGAUGAUUAAAUGUGAAAAUGGUCUGCCAGACCAUUCUGAUUAUGGAGUUACAAAGGACAAAGGCCAAAUAUAUAACUGUAUUUUCUCAGAAGAGGAACACUCAGUGCUGCAGAUUCUUCCUCACUCUUCCUUCCUCUGUAAGGAGAGGACCUUCAGUUCUGGCACUUGCACUGUUUGGAUUUGUUCCAUAUUGUUGAUUGUUGGGACAGUGUUACAUACCAGAGUUCCAUGCCACACCUUUUACAUUUACCAUUCCCAGCCUACCAAACUUUAUGCCUGUUGGAUUCCACUCUACAAUUAACCUUCUGUUCAGUAUGGAGAUGUCUGGGAAUCAGUGAGGAAACCCUCCACUGGCUUCAGCAGGCUAUUUCUUUGCAGCCCUUUGUCUUCAGUGAACGUGGCAAUCCUACUGUGCAGGCACAGGAAAAUGAAUGGAGUUGGGUGCAAUCCAAAUGGCACUGGAGUCAGCAGAGACAACAGUUUCUCCUUGACUUCUGUAAGCAUUGGAUUGGGCCCCCCAAAGCAGAAAGUAUGUUGCUUCCUCUCCAUAUCAGCUUGUGAUUCAGGGUAGUUUCUCAUUACGAAACACAGGUGGCCAGAAAACCCCCUUGUACAUACAGUGUGAAGUAGACUUUUUGUUUUCACUUGGAGUUCAUUCUGCAUACGAGCAGAACAUCAGCGCGUUCAUUAGAGCAUCUUUGAAUCCUGCUGACCUUUUAGUCUAGGAAUCCAAAUCACUCUCCUAUUGAUUUGACAAGCAAAAGCCUGUCUUUAAUGUCAGGAUUGGGCUGGGAUGGGUGGCUCUUACGUGGUAGUCAGCUAUCAGAGCAUGAGUGCCCUGGGUGGCUACCCAAGUAAGAUACUGCUUGCUGACGGAGGUAAGCUAUUCCUGAUCUGUCCUUCAGCUACAGGGAAUCUGAAGCAAUCCUGCAAAUACUUCAGUGAUUUGAAAAUGGCUUUCUUACUUGGACCACUUCUGCCUCUAAGAAGGCAGUACUUUUUAAAAAUUCUUGCUUUUGAUAGUAGAGUAGUAAAUUUUUUAGAAUUUUUGUGGCUUUAACCUUCUGUUAAUAUCUGCACUUGUUUGAGUGUACAUAUAUAAAUAUAUAUAAAUAUAAAAAAGGGAGCCUUAAAGGAUUUGUUUUCAUAAUUUAAUAUUUUUUGUAUUUGCUCUUGUAUAAUUGUUUUUAACUAAAGGUAUUACAAAAAUGAGGAAUACUUAGAACCAAAGUUAUGCUUAAUAAAAUCUUCUACAUGCUUGGA